AUGUACGUUUCUUUUAGGGAAUCUGUAUGUCCGCAACAACCGGAUAGUGACAAUGCACGGAGUAGAAGCGAAGGAUUUCAAAGUCCCUAUAAUUCCUCUUUUAUUUUACAAAGUGAAACCUCAUCACCAAGUGAAAUUUCUGUGCCAAAAGUUCUUGUUGACUCUGAGGGAUAUUCGAUACCUCCCGAAUUUAAGCCAUGGGAUGGUUUUUCUUCAAAUGAUGAAAUUGAUUCAGAUGCCCGAUCAGAUGGUGCACAGAGGGCCAUACGUGUCGAGAUUAAGCAAUCCGUUCCUGAAACGAACGAUGCAGAAGCUGCUGCUGCAAUUUCACAUGUAAUGACGACACUCAAAUCGACUCCGGUCAAACAACGAGCUGUUCGUGGUCGUCGAGACACGCCAAAAAGCACAGUAUUUAAUUCAGAGAGCAUACAUGUUGAUACAUCCACUGUUCCAGAAAUUUCUGAUAGCAUUGUAAAGUCACCAUUGGCUUAUGAAGCCUCUGAUACUGUAAAUGAUCAAGGUGAUAAUAUCGAUUCCAAAAUUCAAACGCACAUACAUGGGUUAAAUGCAUCUAUAUUAGAAACUGUUAAUAUAAUAUCAAAGGGGGGUGAUGUGACAAAGCUUCUAGUGACAGGCGAAAUAAGCGUAACGUACAAUGAUUCGAUAAUACGCGACAAUUCGGCGCCGAUUCAGAUUCGGAUAAAUAAUUUUGACACUCUAGAAAAAGCUGUGCCGAAUACGUCUUAUCUUUCAUCUGCCUCAGAAAUCCCUGGAGUUUAUGAUCUUAAUAUUGGGCUGUUAUCUCUAGCUGGUAGUACACCGGUGGUUGUCAUGAAAUAUCAACUUCAUAUCGAUCCUCAACAUAAAAGCGCCUUCGUGCCACUUCACGUCACUCUAAAAUGGAAAUGCGAAUCAAAUCAAACUUCUUUAGUUAUUUCUUAUGAGGUCAACCCUGAAUUCAGACUUUCUGGAACAUUGACAGAACUUUCUUUCAUAGUGCCUGUUGAUGGAGAGGUUAAAACGGUACAAUCUAAACCAAGUGGUAUAUGGAGCGUGGAGAAACAAAGAAUGUAUUGGCAAGUUAGUAAUGCAGAUUUGGCCACUCCAUAUGAACUAAAAAGAAUUUUGGCUCGAUUUGAGACAUCGCAAACAUCUCAGCCGGCACCAACUGCUGUUAAGUUUUUAUGUGAAGGACAAUUAUUAAGUAAAAUAUCUUUAGAAAUUGUACAAAAUAUACCAAAUGGAAAUGGUAUCCUUAAACAAAAUGAUAAUUCAAAAUGUGAAAAUAUAUCUAAGUUUCAGAGUAUCUUGUAUCAAAUAGCCAGUGGCAAAUUUCUUGCAUCUCCAUAA